AUGUCGAAGCCCAUAUCAUUCGGUUUCGGCAAGCAGAAGCCCACGAACACUACAGUAUCAGCGCAGACUCCCUCAAAAACUCCGAUUUCUAUAUCCACAAAAACGCAUACUCUGAAGCCUGUGCAAAGGAACGGUCUAGCAGGAAAGUCAGCGCUUGCAGACGAUGACGAGGACAUUCGCGAGGAGGCAGAGCCCAAACACGAGGCUUUGACAGGGUUCAGUAGUGCCGGCGCAAUAUUGACUAAACCGGUAGAAGAGAGCAAGGAAUUAGUGAUCGAAAAUUCAGGGAACAAUUGGCGGAAGUUCUCUCGUCAGAAGAACGGACUACCGGAGGAAGUGCGCGCAGCGAGGGAAGGUAGACAAGUGGUAGUGGUCGAGAAGGAUGAAGUCAGUAAAGCCUCUGGGUUGCAAUUAGCGACUACAGAGAAUGGCAGUACUACUGCGGAAAGAGAUGUUGCAACAAGCGCGAACGAAGCUACUACAACGAGGCCACCGACCGUUGACGAAGAAGCUCUGCAAGCGCUCAUAGCAGACGAUGACAAUAAGCCGCGAGGCACAGCGGUGAUUGAAGCCAACGACGACGCUCGCUUCGGUAAUCUAGAUAACAAGAACAAUUUCCAGGCCUUCGUCGAAUCUCACCCAGACCCAAGCACUCUUGACGAGUAUGCAGCCAUGCCAGUCGAGGAAUUUGGUCUGGCCAUGCUACGAGGUAUGGGCAAGAAAAGACGCGCCAAUGGCGAGGUCAUACAACUUGAGCCUGACAGGAACAAAGACGAGAAACGAGUAAAGAGGCAAGAGUUCUUGGGCAUUGGCGCCAAACCUGCGGCUGGCGUUGAUGGUAUUGAGCUCGGUGCAUGGGGCAAGGCAGACAUGCGAAAGAACAAUAAAGGUGCUGGUUUCUUCACACCUUUGAUGGUCAGGGACGCAAAGACAGGUGAGACGAUCUCGGAAGAGGAGCUCGAGAAACGUAAGAAGGAGGGCAAGAAUCAGGCGGAUGACAAGGACGAGUGGAGAGAUCGCAGGGACAAGAACUUGGAGAAACACGGUCGCAAUGGGGACAGCAACUACCGAGAUGCCAUGAACGGCUUUUCGAGAAGAGAUAGGGAUGAUAACAAUGGUCAUGAAUCUUCUAGGUCGAGAAAGGACCGUGAUAGGCAUGAGGCCAGGGAUGAAGAAAGCUAUGAGAGCAGCUCAAGAUCUCGCCAGAGGAGCAGAAGCCGGUCCAAAGAGAUCGAGAUCGAGAUUACAACCGGGACAAACAUCGAGACCGGCACAAAGAACGUGAUCGGGAUCGGGAUCGGGAAUACGAUCGACACCAUCGAGGUAGAGAGAGCGGCAGAGACAGAAGAUAGCAAUUCUGAUUGUGUUUGUCUCUCAUGA